AUGCCCGCGUCAAGCGCUCCGUCGUUCCCUGCAGCCCCGGGGUGGCUCCCUGCGGCUGCCUGCAGCUUCGGCGCCGAGGCGGCGCCGCUGUUGUCGCCAACAGAGGCUGGAGAUGAGGCUGAGGCGCUUGCAGCUGUUCAGCGGGUCCUGCGCUUGUGGCUGAAUUCCUCGGCGUCGCAGAAGGCGCCAGGGGGGGCGCCUGCGUCAGCCUCGGAGGAGCCCUGCGAGGCAGCGGCGGCGGCGGCGGCGCGGGCGGUUGGCAAGGAGACCGGCGCGUCGUUCCUCGCGUCGCUGCAGCGCCUCGUCGCGCAGCUGGAGCAGGUUCAUCGCCACCAGAGCGCCGGGCGGGCGAACGGCACGGCGGGCAGCGGCGGCGCGGGAGAGUCGAAGCCGCGCAGCGAGGCGGAGGAGGGGGGCGUGGAGGCUCGGAUGGAGUCGGCGGCAACCGACCGCCGCGAGCUCACAGCCGCAUUCUCUGCGGGCCGCGAGGCGCUCUGCGAGCUGCUCAGCUCCAACACGCCUCUGUCGCUGGCCGAGUCGCACGCCUACGUUCGCAGGCUGCUGCAGACACACCAGGGCCGGCGCCCGUCGUGCUCGCCGGCCUGCCGCUGCGGAAAAGCCGCUUGGGAGGCAACCGGGCCUUGCUGCCGCGCAUGCCCUUGCUGCGUGAGCGGCCCAACGGCGGCGUGCGCGCAGAGUGAACGCGGGGCGACUCAGACCAAGCGUUCGCUUGCAGGAUCCGCGAGGGAGCCUCUGCAGUCUCCGCCGCGGCUGCGCGCCGCCUCGCCGCCGCCGCCCGCCUCGCUGCUGCUGGCGUCGCCUUCUGCGCGCUACUGCCCCAAGCGGCCACGGAACUCGCAGCCGGGGCAGGGGCAGUUCGCCGAGAGCUUCGUUGAAGCAAUUCUCGAGGGCGAUCAGCGCGCCGCCCUCGCGCGAGGCGUCGGCCGCCCGGGCGAGGGGGGCGCGCCGAGGGAGGACGCAACAAGAGGCGACGCCGCGUCAGUCAGCGGAGUGAGCACCUGCGCGGACUCCCGGGACAGCCCCGCGGAGAGACAAGAGCAGUGCAACCGGUGGAAGGCCCACGUCGGCGGCCUCUACAUCCCCGUGUUCGAUCGGGAAGACGAAUACAGGGACGACUACGACCCCGGCUACCGCAUUUUGGAUCUGGCGGAGGCUCACUACAUCCACGACUGUCACACGUUCCGGCAGAACCCCGUCGACCUCGUGGGCGGCCUCGCGGCGUGCUCGCGUCGCCCGAGGCUGCCUUCGCACUUGGCGGCCGUCUAUUCUUCGCGGCGAAACUCCGCCGGCGCAGAGAAGAAGGAAUCUAGCGGCACGGUGUCCAGGCGCGCGGCGCGGGGUCGCGACGAGGCCGCGCCGCCGCAGACGGAGAGCCAGGCCAGCCCCGCCCCCCCCGCGCUCAACGCCUCGGGCUUCUCCCCUUCGUCUUCCUCCUUGUCGUCUCUCCCCGCAGACCGCCAGCGCAGCUCGCCCCGCUUCGGCGGCUGGGUGGCCGCUGUACCGUGCGGCGACGGCGCGGGUGCAGGAGGCGAGGCGCAGGCAGGCGAGGCGGGGGCGUCGGGGGUGCGUCGCAGCGAAGAAGGCGAGAGGUCGAGUUCGCCGGCCUUCGGCUUCGUUGCACCAAGCGAGGAGAAAGCCGACGGGGGCCCGGAGGAGCCUGGGGCCGCCCGACGCGACGACAUCCUCGAGUUCGCGCUCCAUCCGGCGUCAGCGCCGCCUCGAGGCGAUAAAGGCGCGAGCGAGGGCGCGAAGCCGAACGGCGCCAAGGAGGCCGCUGGUGGGCGGGACGUGAAGAGCGUCUCGAUGGAGGACGAGCUCGCAGACUGCAGCGUGGAAGUCGCUUCCUCCGCGGCCAGUUCUUCCUCGCCGUUCGUCGCUCAAGACAAGGCGGGCGGGCGACCCGUGGGCACCUCUGGGGCCACGCGCGACGGCGUCUCCACGGCGUCCUCGGGGUCCUUUUCCUCUGUUCUGUACUCCUCUUCAUCCGCGACGCCCCACUCUGCUGUGGCCGCCCCGAGUUCCGUGCCGGUCCCCUCCACCGGGGCGGUGGACGGCGACGCGUCCCCGUCGACGGCGUCUCUGCCGGUGUUUGGCCAGGGGCGCCCGGGCGAGGCGGGGCUCUCGGCGGCGGACGAGGAGGAGCUCGCCGCGUACCAGCGCGAGAUGCAGCUGAGUCUGGCGUGGAGGGAGAAGUACUGCGACGGCGAUCCUGUGGCCUUCCGCGCGCGGCAGCAGGCGACGCGCGCAGCCUUCCUCGAGGGCGCGCUGCACGCGUCUCCGGCGCACGGCUGCGCCGCUUCUCCGCUCGUCCACGAGAGCCUCGCGCCGUUCAUCCGCCCGAUCUACCCCCCCAGCGACGACGCCUUCUAUCCUGUUCGCGUGCGGCCGCACCGCUCCGUGUGCCGCCCUCCCCCCUCGGGCCGCCUCACGUCGGAGCCUGAGCAGGGCGAGUGCGCGCUCGCUGGCAAGGAGGAGGGCAGUUUGACGACGCACGCCGCCGAGCAGGAGCGUGCGGGGCGGGGCCUGGACGGCCUCCACAAGAACGGCGCCUCCUCGCACGCCGAGGAGGCCGCAGCCGGCGCGACUGCCAGCGGAAUGCCAGGCGACGCGGGCAGCGGGGAGGGACACAAGGACGAGGUGCCGGCGGUCGUCUACGACUGCUUCCAUCUCAAAGUCGUCUACGAGCGAGGCAGGACCGGCUUCGAAGACCACAGAGAGCUCGUCCUUCCCCCGGGAACGCUACUCGCCGGGCGCUACGAGGUUGAAAAGGAGGUCGGACGAGCGGCGUUCUCGCGUUGCUUGCGAUGUAUUGACACGGUGACAAACAGACGCGUCUGCCUCAAGGUCAUCCGCAACGAGAAGGAGUACAUGGAUCAAUCGCUGGACGAAGUGAAGACUCUGCGUUUCUUGAGUGCGAACGGGGACCCGGACUCGCUGCACUUUCUGCGGCUGUGCGACUUCUUUUACCACCGCGAACACCUGGUUUUGGUGACUGAGUUGCUCUCUCAGAAUCUCUACGAGUUCUCGUCCUUCUUCCGGAAGAGCUAUUUGCCUUCGUUUUGGACUGUCGGCAAGAUCCAGCGCGUGGCCUUCGAGCUGCUUCUCGCGCUACGCUUCGUCCACUCGCUCAACAUUAUUCACUGCGACUUGAAGCCAGAAAACAUCCUCCUUAUGCCACACCCCGUCACCGAGACCCGGUACUACAAGGGCCUCGUAGGCCAGCGCCCCGCGGACAUCGUCGCGGCCGCGUUCGAAGAGCGUGCGCGCAGGGCGCCAGCCAAGCCCGCAGGAGGAGCGGACGCAAAGAGCCCAAUCUUGCGGGCGGGGGAGGAGAGCGAAGCGGCCUGUGGAGCCGUCGCCUGCGUCAAAAAAAGUGCCGACUCGAACGGCGCUGCGUGCGCAACUUGUGCGUCGUCCUCGCUGCCCUGCAACCUCGCGGCGGCGCCCUUCCCUUGCUCGUGUGCGGCGCCGCAGUCGGCCUCGCCGUCGCCGCUCCUGAGCUCUCCGGCGUCGCUGGCGGACACGCCACCCCGCGCGUCCGCGGCGGCCGCGGCGCCUUCGCCCUCUGCGGGUGCGCGCACGCCGCCGGGCGAGGCGGAAGAUGCGUGUCCGCCGGUCUCGGUGAAGAUCAUCGACUUCGGGAACAGCUGCCUGACGUCGGAUCCCCUCAUCACCUACGUGCAGUCGCGCAGCUACCGCGCGCCGGAAGUCCUUUUGGAGCUGCCCUACGACACGAAAAUCGACAUCUGGUCGCUGGGCUGCGUGCUGUUUGAGCUGUGGACGAGUGUCGUGCUGUUCAUGAACGACUCGGUGCACUCACUGCUGGCGCGGAUUGUCGGGAUCGUCGGUCAGCUGCCCUGGUACAUGGUGGAGCGAAGCCCGAAGCGCGAGGUGCUCUUCGACGGAGACGGCUACCUGUACGUCGUGCUGCCCUCGUCGCCCUCCGCGGGCAGCGGUAGCACUGGCGGCGAGGCGAAAGCCCCCGGCGGCAAGGGCGCGGGGGGCGGCGAGAAGGACGGUGGGCGCCACAAAGACCGCCGCGACGGCCACGAGGGCGGCGCCGGCCGCAUGCUUCGCUUCCUGCUGCCCAAGCGCUCGAGCCUGAAGCAGCGCAUGCGCGCCACCGACGCGUUCUUCAUCGACUUCCUAGACAAAAUGCUCAUCAUCGACCCCGCGCAGCGGUGGGACGCCGACCAACUUCUCAACCACCCCUUCCUGCAAAAGGGCCGAUACGCCGACGGCCUGUAG